AUGUCUGUUCUUAUCAGCGGUGUCGAUGCCGGGCAUCUUCACGAGAAACACUCACAUGAAGCAGCCAGUAAACUCGAUGAUGAGCAGACAUCGAGGAUGGCACGCUCCAAGCCUCAUUUCCAUCUAAGCGCCCCAAGCGGGUGGCAGAAUGACCCCUGUGGUCUUGGCUUCGAUCCUUCGACGGGUCUAUACCACAUGUUCUUCCAAUGGAAUCCUUAUGGCAAUGACUGGGGUAACAUGUCUUGGGGCCAUGCCACUUCUUCCGACCUAGUCUCAUGGGAAACAUCUUCAAUUCCAGCUUUAACGCCAUCAGCGGAAUAUGACCGCUGCGGUGUAUUUACUGGGUGUAUGCGUGCAACUGAUAUCCACGGGAACACAGGGUCUCUCACUGUCGCUUAUACUUCAGUGAGACAACUUCCUAUCCAUUAUACUCUGCCAUACACCACAGGAUGCGAGUCUCUUAGCUUAGCUACCUCCAAAAAUGGCGGCAAGACAUGGCAACGAGAGGUCUGCAACCCGAUCCUACCAGGACCACCUCGCCAUCUCAUGGUAACUGGAUGGAGAGACCCGUACCUGACAACUUGGGAUAGAGGGACCGCUUCACAGAACCAAGAUUCAAAUCUAUACGGAUUAAUCUCGGGUGGAAUCAUCGGCCAGACACCCACCCUCUUCGUCUACUCAGUCAACCCCAAAGACCUUCGGCAAUGGAAAUACACCGGUCUUUUGACAAACUUUGGCCUCAACUUUCGUCCGGGACGCUGGUCAGGCGACUUCGGUGUCAAUUGGGAAGUGACUAAUUUGAUGACCCUGACCAAUGACUCUGGCGAUUGCAGAGAUUUCGUCGUGAUGGGAGUCGAAGGAUGUCUUCGGCCGGAAGGCUCAGAUCGCAUUCCCGGUGAAGCGCGCCAUAGGCGAGACCCUCGAGGUCAGCUGUGGAUGUCCGUGAAAGCAUCCAAAGAACAGAAGGGCGCCGAACAUGUCUUGACAGAAUAUGACUUCGCUGGUGUCUUCGACCAUGGAUGCUUAUAUGCUGCCAAUGGCUUCUGGGACCCUCAAACCUCCCGGCGUAUUGUAUAUGGCUGGGUCACUGAGGAGGAUCUACCCGAUGGCCCUCGUCAUCGUCAGGGAUGGAGCGGUAUGAUCUCAUUGCCGAGGGUGGUUAAUUUAAUGACAUUGCGAAAUGUUACGAAGGCGCGUAGCUCAUCAUUGGAAUCCAUCACUUGCAUCGAAACAACCCCAGAUGGCAAAACUUUCACUAUCCACACUUUGGGGAUCGCUCCAGACCCACGACUUGCUCGUCUUCGACGUGGGGCUAUAAAGAACGAUCUUACACAGUUGGCCCUUUGGCCAACUCUCACUUCGACUUCUGAUGCUUGCUUGCCUCUGACGACAUCUCGCUGGGAAAUUGGAAGCGAAAUCUUGGUUAGUCAAUCGUGUGAACGUGUUGGCAUUGAAAUCGCUCACACCGCCGAUUUCAAACACUGCACCAUUCUUGUAUGGCACCCACGCAGUGAAACAUUCACCAUCCACCGACCCUCUCUCGAAAGCCCCGAUAUCAACCACGGACACGAGUCUGCCCUCCAUACUCUAUUCACGUCCGUGAAUGAACAAGGGGAGGAGACUGAAGAGACUUUGAAAGUGCGCGCAUUCUUCGAUAGAAGUGUGCUUGAAGUCUUCGUGAAUGACAGAACAGUUAUUACGACUCGAAUUUACCACCCGUCAGACCGCUGCUUCAGAGUACGAUUCUUCGCAGAGUCGACCGAGGAGCAAUCUGACCAAAUACCAGCCACCCUUCUACAAGCUGAUGUCUGGGACGGCCUUGACGCUAACUAA